UUGGAUAGUCUAGAUGACCACAACAGUAUGGCCAGUUUAGAGGAUAGUCUAGAUGACCAAAACAGUAUGGCCAAUGGAGAGGACAUCUCAUUGUAUUUUACAGGUACACAUGAAGUACAAGAAUGUCUUGAAGGUCAAUGUGAGAUAGAUCUACACACACACGUAACAAAUUGCAAAAAAAAUCCUGGACAUAAAGAUUUUGUACCUUUAAAUCAAUUAAACGUUGAGCAUUUUCUCGGUUACCAAGACAACGAUGUGUAUGACCUCACAAAAGCCAUUGCUGACCUAACUGUCAGGAUAGCCGUUAAAUUUACCAGUCCAGACAGACCAGAUUUUGCACCAGGCAGUGAAGAUCCAUAUCCUUGCUACAACACCAGGGGACAGAACUCACUGAGGACAGGGACUGGGAGGGUGUGUCAGGUGACCAAGUACACAGAGGGAAUGUACGGCCACAGAACUUGUCCAUGUCCUGAAUGUGACCACUCGGAUACGCCCAGUAAAGUGUGGUGGGAGGUUGGUGUGUGGACAGCUACACAUGUGGUUUUUGAUGAGAGUGAGGCAAGACAGUCCAGCUGUAGGUUGUGGUUUGAUGAUGAUAAAAGUCCAGUGGUCAAGAUUUGUGGGUGGAAGGUGGGUGGUUCUUACAUAGACAGAGAUUGGUGUAGGUUUUAUUGUGUGACACAUGACGUAGAUGUAGCUGAUAAACUGGAGGAGAUGGUAAGGCAGUUUAAUGUUCUGCGUGAUAAAGUAAGUGACAAAUACAAAAGUAGAGGAGAUGUGGACAAGCUGACCAUUAUAGUGUCACAUCCCCAUGGCUGUUCUAAGCAGGUCUCUGUAGGUCACUGGGUCGACAGGCAGGUGGUGCGACAGGACGGAACCAGGUACACGUACACAACUUCUACCUGUCCAGGUAGCAGUGGGGCUGUGGUCUACAGAUUGGGGUGUUACUGGUCUUUUGGUCAUCCCCACAGUGGAGCUAACUCUGGUGGAUUAAAUUACAGUGGGGUGUGGGUGGACAGAGACUUGUAGUUGUCUGCUCUUGUAUAGAAU